AGUAGCACAGAAGCAACCUAGAAGUUGCAUGCUUCUUCUGCCUUCUGCACUCUUUUGGCUUCUUACUUAACUAUCACAUGGAGGGUGCAGGCGAGAAGAGGAAGAUAUGCAAUGAAGAUGAGGAGGAUGAUGAACAAAAAAUAGAGCAGUUUUUUGCUAUUAUCAGGAACAUCAGAGAGGCUCGUGAGCGUUUAAGGAAUAACUCGGAUGUAAAGAAAAAGAAGCAGAAAUUAGUUGAAGAAGAGAUGAAGAAAAUCCAAGUCUGGAAGCCCACUUUCGAACGUGGAGACUUCAUGGAAGAGGAAGCUGAUCAUGAUCAUCGUCAUCAUCAGCUCAAAACCAUUGUGGGUUCUUCUCAUCACGGAGAUGAAGGAACAAAGAAAGAAGAUCAUCAGGACAAAGAAGAGUUGGACCUAAAGCUUUCUCUUUAAUAAGUACGAUGUAGGUAGUUCUAUAUAUAUAUAUGUUAAUGAAGUGGUAAUUGGCUAUAUGUACGUACGUAUCAUAGAAGUUGAGAGGGAAAUUUCAAGGUUUGAUUUACCAUCUAGUUCUUGUUCUUGACAAUCUAUGUUAAUUAACUAACGUACUGUUAUUAAGGUCUUCUUAGAAAUCAUGUAAGUAGGGUUUGGAAGUAGGAAUCAAAAAUUAAAAUUGCGUUUCAAUUUG